CUGCCAUCCCCACCCCCACUAUUGCCCGAAGGCAAGAGUAAUAAAUCGAUGAAAUAUGGGGAACGCUUUCCGUGCCGACGGACUCAAACCACCAACUUUUUCAACUUUUCUCAUCUGCUUUCGGAACAACACGAAGCUAUCCCACUUUAGGGUUAUGAUUACCUACCCGGCUACCUUAGGUAUAGUAUCUUAGGAUGAUUAUCAGGUAAAUAGUGUAAAUAUCUAUUCAUCGUUUUGAAUUCUGCCACGGCCGACAACGGCAUCAUGCAGAUCCAGUACAGCGAGUGACCGUUCCUAUUUCUUCAUCUCAGGGCUCUUUUGGAUAAGCAGUUAGGUAGGUAGAAUUCUUAUACGGGUCCUCUUUACACACUUACCACGUAUCAUAUGACAACGGAUUCUCGCAACAAUGACAGCUUCAAGCUUUGCCCCGCUGAAAGACACGAAGCUCUUCGCCCCCGUCAAGAUAGGGAACUGUGAGCUCCAGCACCGAAUUGUUCAGGCACCAUGUACUCGCAUGCGAGGUGUCAAGGAAAGCGACGGCGUCAACGUUCCCGGUGAUCUCAUGGUGGAUUAUUACGGCUUGCGUGCCACCAAGGGCGGCUUGCAGAUCACCGAAGCCACCGAUAUCUCUCAUUACGCUUCUGGUUAUCCUGGCAUCCCAGGCAUCUUUACUUCCUCUCAGAUAUCUGGCUGGAAGAGAGUUACCGAUGCUGUUCAUGACAAGGGAGGAUAUAUUUUCUUGCAAAUCUGGCACACCGGUCGUGCCUCUCCCCCAUCAUUCCGAGGGGGAAAACCGCCAAUAAGCUCGAGUAAUCAUCCUAUGGAUGGUGAUUGGCUUGACGGCACGUCCUGUGCAUCCAGUCCCCCAACGCCCAUGGAUGUAGAGGAGAUCCAGGCUAUCGUUCAAGACUUCGCAGAGGCUGCGAAGAACGCCGUCAAGGCAGGUUUUGAUGGCGUGGAAAUUCACUGCGCCAAUGGCUAUCUCCUGGAACAAUUUCUUCACGACAACAUCAAUGACCGGACUGAUGAAUAUGGCGGGUCAGUACAGAACCGAUGUAAAUUCCCUCUAGAUGUCUUGAAAGCCGUCUGCGACACAGUUGGCCCCGAAAGAGUUGGCAUUCGACUAAGUCCGUGGAACUAUUUCCAAUCUACCAAGGACAGCAACAGAUUGGAUCACUGGUCUUACCUGUGCGAGCAACUUGCUACUCUGCCAGCAGGUCAAAAGCCUGCUUACGUUCAUAUGGUCGAGCCAAGAUUUGACGAGGUCUUGGAUGAGGAGCAAAAGAUCGAGUCUCUUUCUCACGGUGACAAGACAACCAGCAUCUCGCUGCUACCAUUUAGGAAGAUCCUCCAGAAGGGCGGCAUCCCGUUUAUUAGCGCUGGUUGUUUCAACUGGGAAAAUGCUGUGCCGAAGUUGGAGUCUGGGGCAACAGAUCUGGUUUGUUUCGGAAGGUGGUUCAUUGCAAACCCCGAUUUGCCAAAGAGACUCGCUGAUGGGAUCCCCCUUACCAACUACGACCGCUCGACUUUCUACUUCACGGACCCUCCCGAGAAGGGAUACACGGAUUACCCGAUAAGCACCGCAGAGGCCGCCUAAGUUCUGGACACUAUUCGGUGUUUUGGGACUCGGUUAAUUAGCUGGAUAGGUAGUUACCGUUGAAAUAAACAUCCAUAGUGGGCUGAAUACAACGAAU